AGAGACAAUGACAGAUUUACAUUUUACAUGGAAAAAGGAAAACAGAAAACAGUAAAAAGAGCAAAAACAGCUGUAAUAGGCGAAACUAUUGUUAGAUUAACAAUUUAUUCCUGAAUUCUAUCAAGAUGAACGAGAUUGAUGAUAAAUUUUACUACGUGUAUAGUUCCUCAUUGGAUCAUAAAGUCGAGAUUAAAAUAGGCACACUAGAAGGCAAGCGAGCCAAACCGGAAUAUGACAAGCUGCUAUCAGACCCGAUGCUCAAGUUCUCUGGUCUGUACCAAGAAGGAUGUUCCGACUUGUACGUGACUUGCCAGAUACUGAGCGAUGGACAGCCUCUGGCGUUACCAGUCACCACGUCUUACAAGUCUUUUAGUAAUCGGUGGAAUUGGAACGAAUGGGUGACACUACCAGUGUACUUCAGUGAUUUACCCCGCAACGCGACUCUGGCUAUGACGAUAUACGACUGCGCUGGGCCGGGCAAGCUCAUGGUUGUGGGGGGCACUACUAUAUCGCUGUUUGGGAAGCAUGGCAUGUUGAGACAGGGUAUGUUCGACCUUCGCGUGUGGCCCGGCGUGGAGGGCAGCGAGAAGACUCCGGGCAAAGCCCCCGAUAGGGGCAAGGAGCAGAUGCAGAGGCUCGCCAAGCUGGCCAAGAAACAUCGGAAUGGACAUAUACCUAAGGUGGACUGGCUAGACCGGCUGACUUUCAGGGAGAUAGAAAUGAUAAAUGAAAAGGAAAAGCGCAGUUCCGACUACAUGUACUUGAUGGUCGAAUUUCCUACGGUGCAGAUCGCUGGGAUUGACCAUGCAGUAGUGUACUACGAACAAGAUGGCGACGAGAUGUAUCAGUUCCGAGCUCAAGCCGACAUCGUCACCGUACCUGAUUAUGAAAUCUUACAGGAAAACCUAGUAGAAAGCAAACAGCAUCGUCUAGCUCGGUCCCUUCGGUCGGGAGUGUCUGGUCGCGACGCAAAGCCAACCGCGGCCGAGCGCGACCAGCUCGCCGCGCUAGUGGCCGCGCCACCAGCCCGCCCGCUCACUGCCACCGACCAGGACCUGCUGUGGAAGUUCAGGUUUUACUUAUCAUCGCAUCGCAGAGCGCUUACGAAAUUCCUGGAAUGUGUCAACUGGAACAGGCCAGGCGAGGUGCGACAAGCCCUGUCUAUGAUGAAGCAAUGGGCGCCCAUGGACGUAGAAGAUGCACUUGAACUGUUGACGCCUAAGUUUACACAUCCUGCUGUCAGAAAGUACGCCAUCUCCCGUCUGAAACAAGCACCCGAUGACGAUCUGUUACUGUACUUGUUACAGUUAGUACAAGCUCUGAAAUAUGAAGACUUCAACGAGAUACAUGACGAAUAUGCUCGCGUAUGCGGCAAAGACCCGAGCACUGCUGAAUUAGAAUCUCGCGAAAGUCGUCUCAUGCAGAGUGGACAUAGAGGCAGCCAAGCCAGUUUACUAUCAGCCUCCGUGCUAACAGCGAGUGAGAUGACGUCAUCGACGACCAGCCGUCGUUCCACCGACGCCACCAUCGAGGAAGCGCCCGCUGCUAUCGAUGCUAAUGUUAGCGUCAACAAUAAUAACGGCAAUGCUAAUCUAAUGGAUAAUAAUAAUCCUUUCAGCGAAGACUCAUCAGAAGAGCGUCUAUCCCUAGCUUCGUUCCUGAUCUCCCGCGCCUGCAGCAACAGCGUAGUCGCCAACUACCUGUACUGGUACCUGCUCAUCGAGUGCGAGGACAGCGAUGCUGCACGGGAUCUGACUGCCAGGCAUAUGUACCUCGCUGUCAUGAGGACUUUCAGCCACCGACUGGCUAGAGGUAACGCAGACCACCAACGCACCCGUUCAUUCCUGGCCCGACAGCAGGUAUUCAUCGACAAGCUGGUGAAGCUCGUCAAGACUGUGACCAGAGAGAGCGGCAACAGGAACAAGAAGGCUGAACGACUGCAGCAGUUGUUAGCCGACCCUGAUGCUUUCAAGUUUAACUUUACUAAUUUUGAACCCAUGCCGUUUCCUUUGGACCCUAAUGUUACUAUUAAAGGAAUCGUCGCCAAAAAAGCGAGCCUAUUCAAAUCGGCCCUAAUGCCUUCAAAGCUGACCUUCUUAACCACAGAAGGCAUGGAGUACGAAGCGAUAUUCAAACACGGAGACGACUUACGCCAAGACCAACUUAUACUACAAAUGAUCACAUUAAUGGACAAAUUAUUACGCAGAGAAAACUUAGAUUUAAAACUAACUCCGUACAAAGUUUUAGCGACAAGUUCUAAACAUGGAUUUUUGCAAUUUAUUGAGUCUGUGACGGUGGCUGAAGCGUUAGCUACGGAGGGCAGCAUACAGAAUUUCUUUAGAAAGCAUAAUCCUUGUGAAGGUGCCCCGUAUGGCAUUAAGCCUGAAACUAUGGAUACUUAUAUUAGGAGCUGUGCGGGCUAUUGUGUUAUUACUUAUUUGCUUGGCGUCGGCGACCGUCACCUGGACAACCUGCUCCUCACAAAAUCCGGUGCUCUAUUCCACAUCGACUUCGGCUACAUCCUGGGCCGCGACCCCAAGCCGCUGCCGCCGCCCAUGAAGCUCAGCAAGGAGAUGGUCGAGGCCAUGGGCGGAGUACACUCGGAGUUGUACCACGAGUUCCGCAAGCAGUGCUAUACUGCCUUCUUGCAUUUGCGCAGGCACGCAAAUUUAAUGCUGAAUCUGUUCUCCUUGAUGGUGGACGCGUCUGUGCCCGACAUCGCAUUAGAACCUGACAAGGCUGUCAAGAAAGUGCAAGACAAGCUAAGACUGGACUUGGGCGACGAGGAAGCGGUGCACUACUUACAGAAUCUUCUAGACAUGUCUGUGACAGCUGUCAUGGCUGUGCUCGUCGAACAAUUCCACAAGUUUGCACAAUAUUGGCGGAAAUAGACUGUUUAUACCACUUUGAUUUGACAUGGGACUGAACGAAAGAAUGAUGUACUGUACCCACUUAAGAUGAAAUCCCACUGUGACGCACAUAAAUGUUUCUUUUGGUGUACUCGCUCUAACAGUCAUAAAUUGUGUAACAUUGUAGGUACAUUUGUGACAGUGGAACAAUUUUAGAGGAAUUUCACUAUAACUGUAACCUUUUUUUGUUGAGCAUGCUACAUGCAUAGUCUCGGUUGGAAAGACAUGAAAUGUUAGACUAAAAACCUGCGAGACAUGUCCCAGAUGAGUAAAGCAAGACUAUAUUUUUGACAAAGGUAAUCAUUUGAUAAAUAAUUUUUCAUUGACGACUCAAUUUUAGACAUAUUGCUGAUUUUAAAGUCAAAUGAUCUUCCAUGUCUGAUUUAAAUUCGUAUUUUGCAAAUGAUGAUUUUGGUAUAACAUCUCGUCCCUAUGGUCAAAGUGUAAAGCUGAUUAUAGACUAAUGUGCUACUUAGCUAUUUUUAAUGAAUUUAUUCAAUAUUUAAAAAGUGUAUUUAUGUAUGUAUUCAUUUUAUUGGCAAAGUCGCUUUUGUAAAAGUUUUAUUGUACCUUUCUCGCCAAGAAAAAAAAAAUCGCUCUCGUAUUCUGUAUAAUAUUUAUUGGAAAAAUAUUAUAAUCACACCAUUUUCAAGUUUUUUUACAAAAAAUUGGCUAAAUUGAAAGAUGGGCGAACAAUAUACUGUGAUAAAAUUAGGUAUUAUAAGUGUUCAUGAUUUUGUAAUAAUAAAUGCUAUUUUAAUAAAA